GCCGAUACUACUCACACGCUUGGCUUUGUAUAGCGGUGGGAAUAUACGCGAGUACUUGGUCAUCAUGGUCGACAACACUCCCCGGUGGCUCAAAGGGGAGACACUCUGAGCGUAUAUGGCCAUCGUCCGUCAGCAACGCAAGAAACGCGGCGAGAGCAACUGCGUCGUCUACAGGCUUCACACAGAUACCGAAUUCUUUGAUUUCUUCAAAAUCGAUUCCGCAUCCAAGAUACAGACCCAUCUACUUUAUCAAAGUCUGUCUACUCUCUAUAAUAAAGAAACCUCACGGUUUUGGUUCUACCCGUUUGGGCAGGGCAAAGACCCGGAAGCUGCACUUGUUACACAGCCCGAAGAGUCGCGUGAAGGGUACAAGAGGCUCUUUUGGAAUGCAGCAACCCAAAGCUGGAGAGUUUAUAUAAACUACACAGAAGAUGUCGUCACGCUUUUUGAGAAUAUCCUGGAUGAUGGAGUAAAGGAUUGUUACGGCAUCUCAUUUACCUAA